ACAGUUGAAAAUAGUUGAGCAUAGUCAUUCAGUCAUCAACAGUCAUUGGUUAUUUGUUUAUAACUGUAUACAUAUAAAAGAGAUUAAAGAGAAGAAGUAACAGUUACUUCUGAUUUGAAGAUCGGCGAUAUAUUGUGUAUUAGAGUUCAAUUAUGGCUGAAUACGUUAAAGAAGGCAAUAAAGUUCUUAUUGUAUCAAGUAGCAGUGAUGCUGUUAAUGAUUUGAAAAAUUUAGUCGAUGAGGUUAAAGAAAUCAUCAAGGAAACUGGAGUUCUCUUGUUGGAAAAUGUUAUUAUAAAGAAAAAAAGUGAUCAGGACACUUCGUCGAUAGAUGUUAUUUAUUCUGGUUUUGAACAAGCUUUUGUUCAUGAUGAUUUACUGCUGGCUGAGUUUCUUCGCAUUUUAAAACCAGGAGGAAAAGUACUGAUACGUGAGCCUGUACAAGGCACACAUACCGAAGAGAAGAAUAGUCCUGUCACUCUAGCUUCUAAACUGAAAUUAAAUGGAUUUUUAGUGAAAGACACAAUAACAAAUGACAAUGUCCAUGAAAUUGUUGCUGAAAAACCAUUCUUCGAGAUUGGAUCGUCCAUCACGCUUUCCUUUACAAAUCCAAAAGCAAAUGUAUGGAAAUUGGACAGUGCUGUAGAUGAUGAUUUGAUAAAUGAUAGUAAUCUAUUAGAUGAAACAGAUAUUUUGAAGCCACAACCAGCUUCAUUACGAGUAUGCAGUACAACAGGAAAACGUAAAGCAUGUAAAGAUUGCUCAUGUGGUUUAGCUGAAGAGCUGGCUGGAGAUGUGUCAGAACAACGAACAGGAAAAUCAUCUUGUGGAAAUUGUUACUUAGGUGAUGCUUUUAGAUGUGCCAGCUGUCCUUAUCUAGGAAUGCCUGCUUUCAAACCUGGAGAGAAGGUUACUCUGCCAGAUACCCAACUGACAGCAGAUUCCUAAAUUGAAUUCCAAUAAAGUAUUAGUUCAUAUAUCUGUAAUCAGCUGUGCGUUUACAUUUUAUAAUACAUAGAUAAAUCUUUAUUCCAUACAAUCAAUUUCUAUUAUACAAUAACCAGAAACUAUAAACAUUUAUCUUGAUCAUGUAAAAAAUAAAGUUUUCAAAUUAUGGCAGGAGUGUAAA